AUGUUUCCACAAAAUUAUUUAGUUAGAAUACUGUACUUAUUAUGCUAUUAUUAUUGUUAUUAUUAUUAUUAUCACUCCAAGACAGUUGAUGCUUCCCUAAACAGUGCUAUAAUUGUCACAUUUGUUAUUGAAGAGAAUGCAGUGAUUGGCUCUGAAGUUGGAAGAAUUCAACUAGAACCUGAAGUGGAUAAAUCCAAUCACCAGUUAAAUAACAAUAAAGACGGAAAGAACAGUCAAUUGACAUUCACUUUACAGGAUACAUUUUACUUUGAUUUUGAUCCAGUUCAUACAAAUCGAUUGCUAGUACGUCGUGAGUUAGACAGAGAUACAGAUCGUAAAUUAUGCAGUGAAAGUGGUUGGCCAGAGAUAUGUGCCUGGUCAGGUGUAGUUUUCGUCAGUGAUGGACGACUACUAAGCCUACGUAUUGUCAUUCGUGAUGUUAAUGAUAAUACACCGAAAUGGCCAAGAAGUAAAGAUACGACAGAACAACCGAUACUUGAAGUAUGGAUCACAGAAAAUCGUCCUAUUGGUUCAAUUUUAGACUUACCCUUGGCCUACGAUCCAGAUAUUGGUGAAAAUUCAAUUGUCAGGUAUGAGCUGGCAUUAUCACACGAUAAUAGUACAUCAAUUUUCGAUAUCAUCAAUUCACCCAGUCCAAAUGGACCAACUUAUCAAUUAGUUGUUAAAGGACUACUUGACCGUGAAGAGAUUCCUGUCUAUCGGUUGACAGUCGUAGCAGUCGAUGGGGGUGGGAAUCGUGGCUAUGCAAAAUUAUUUGUGCAUAUUGCAGAUGAAAAUGAUAACACUCCAGUGUUUGAACAUUGUAAAAAUUCAAGUGCUGCAGUACAACAAUGCGAAAUUAUUAUUAACAUCGACGAAGAUAUCCCGGUAGGGAGUAUACUACCGGAGACGCCUGUGGCGAAUGAUAAAGACGAAGGAGAAUUCGGUCACGUGACGUAUAGAUUUUCGCUGUCCGCCUCUGAUACAGCUAGAAGAGAUUUUAAAAUUGAUCAUGAAUCAGGUGGAAUUAUAGUACGUACACCGUUGGAUUAUGAUACAGGCGGUUUAACUCAAUACACCUUUGGUAUUGUCGCUGAGGAUGGUGGCGUACCACCGUUAUCUGCAACUAUAAGAAUUAUAGUGAAUAUUAAAGACAAAAAUGAUAAUUCACCACAGAUAACUAUCACCCCAGCAUUUAUACAUGAAGAGGGCAAAUUGAAUGCACAGUAUGAGAAUACAAGCAGUAAUAUGACGAAAUCACAGCUACGUUUGAUUGAAAAUACACCGCCUGGUGUACUCAUUGCGACUAUUACUGCCUAUGAUGCUGAUUCAGAUGACAAUGGUAAAUUCACCUGCCAAUUAGGCCAAACAGAUGAACUGAAUUUAGUCUAUUUAAGAAAUCUGGGCAAAAUUAGUGUUUAUCAGUUGAGUUCAUUACGGCUGAUUGAUAGAGAGAUACAACCAGAGUUAAGAGUUAGUCUAAAGUGUGAAGAUAAUGGAUCACCGAGUCAAAAAUCAGUUGAAUUAUUAACUAUAAAGAUAUUGGAUGUUAAUGAUAAUGCACCAAAGUUUGCAAAUAAACGAUACAGUUUUCAAGUACCGGAAAAUAAUAAUGUCGGUGUAUUUAUUGGAGAAGUGACAGCUAUUGAUCCAGAUCUUGGCAUGAAUGGUAUGCUAAAUUACAGUAUACACUGGCCACCAGGUCAAGGACCAAAUCCUUUUGAAAUAAAUAAAAAAGGUGAAUUCAUUACACGUAUACCGUUAGACAGGGAAAAUCAACCUGAAGGUUAUCAUUUCAUUGUUUAUGCCGUUGAUAAUGGUCAACCAAGUUUAACAGGUUCUACACAUGUAGAAGUCGCACUAAUCGAUAUCAACGAUUGUAGACCAAUAUUUACACAGAUUAAUUAUCAUUUUUCUAUCGACGAGGAGUUGGAAGUCAAUGCCUCUGAACCAAUUGUAAUUGGUCAAGUAAAAGCUACAGACUGUGAUAUUGGCUUAAAUGCACAUUUGGUGUAUUCACUAGACCCUGCAAGUUAUUCAGCUGAUAAUCCCUUUCAGGUAACUGAGGAUGGUCAUAUAACUGCAUUAAAAUCUAUUGAUCGUGAAGUGCAUCCAGCUUUCUUACUUCAAGUGAUAGCUACUGAUUCACCACAGAAACCAACAGAAAAGCUCACAGCAACAGCUCAAAUUCAUAUUACCAUUUUAGAUAAUAAUGAUAAUGAACCAGUAUUUCAAAGACCACCAUUCGAGAAUGGAACUAAUGAGGUGGAAAUAUCAUACAAUGAUGUACCUGGACAUUUGGUAACACGAAUCGAGGCUACAGAUAAAGAUGUCGGAGUAAAUGGAAAGAUAAAAUUCUCAUUUGAUCAAAAUAAUUCAACAAGCGACCUGUUCAUUAUACGACAUAACAGUGGUGAGAUUUUUCUACAGAAGGAAUUAACUGUUAAAGAUAUGGGAAUUGUUCCACUUGUCAUUAUGGCUACAGAUAUGGGAGAGAAUCCAAAGACGACAACAACUACUAUUCAAGUGAAAAUCUCAGAUAUCCCAUCUAAUGCAUUUAGAUUUAAUGCUUUAAAAAACUCAAAAUCAAUGAAUCAAUUAUCGAAUUCAUUAUUUAAAAACCUAAAUAUUGAUGCUAACAAAUUUAUAAUAAUUUGUAUUAUACUUGUUACAUUUAUCAUUUGUACUAUACUCAUUUCUGUUAUCUUUGCAAUAUCACGUGGGGGUUGUCGGCUGUUCAGUAAACCGGCGACAACAGUAGCAAAAUCGACACAUCAUUACAAUGAUAAUCCUAUUGGUUAUAAUGCAGAUUUAAUUGAGAAGCCGCUAUCAGAAAUGACUAAUCCAUUAGAUUUGAAUAAAUCAAUAAAUUAUCCAUUCGACUGUGAAGAAAUUAAUUCUUUCGAGCACAGUGGAACUUCUUAUUUACCACCAUUCUAUGAUCAGACAUUAUCAGCAGGUACACUACCGUAUACAUUUCCUGAUACUGGUUUAAGAUAUUAUGAUCAAAUGUUGACAGAUAAUGCAAAAAUGUUCAACGGUCAACUGGAAUCAUCAAAACCUGGAACUUUUACGUAACAUGUGGUACUUAAUUUUC